AUGAGUACACCGGAAGAUACCUUUUUAGUAGGCUACGCAGACGACAUAGCCGCGCUAAUCACGGCCAAAAGCACAGAGUCAGCACAGAGAAAACUCAAUCAGCUUAUGAAAAGAUUAUUGCCAUGGAUGCAGGAGCAUGGAUUCAGUUUAGCUAUGCAAAAAACAGAGAUUGUAGUUCUCACCGGGAAAAGAAUAAGGUUAAAAAUUCCUUUUGAGGUCGGUAUGGAAAUUGGCACAAGUAAAAGAGUGGUUAAACAUCUAGGAAUAAAUUUAGACAGUAGACUCAGUUUUUGGGAUCAUAUAGUACUUGCAUCUGAGAAAGCAGCAAAAGUUAAUCGGGCUCUGGGUAAAUUAAUGAGUAAUACUGGUGGCCCGCUGCAAAGUAAAAGACGAUUAUUAAUUGUUGCUUCACAAGCUAUUCUCCUUUAUGGUAGCGAAUUAUUCGCAGAAGCACUGAAGAAAGAAAAGUAUCGCAAGCGCAUGGCGGCUACUCAGAGAUUAGGUGCUUUAAGAAUCGCGAGCUCCUAUCAGACGGUUUUUGAACCAGCAAUCAUGGUAAUUGCAGGAGUUACUCCUAUAGAUCUGGUGGCAAUGGAAAGACGAAAAACUUACCAAAAUAAAACAUCAGAAGACCAAAAGCUCAUAAAAAAGCAGCAAAAGAACGCACAAGGGUAA